AUGAGUGAAGUAGAAAAAGUAAUGGAUGAUGCAGAGUCUUUAUCUAUGACAACAUAUAUACGAGCAAAAAUCUGGAUUAAGCCACAUGAACCUCUCAAUCCAAGCUUUUAUGUAACAUUGGACUUGGAGCAGGAAACCUGGUUAGACUGCCGCUAUGAAAGAAUGCAUAAGUUUUGUCUCAGAUGUGGCCAGCUCGCUUACCCACUCACAAGGUGUCUCCAUCUUAGCGAUGCUCAAUUGGAAUCCUACCUUGAUGGGUACUUCUUCAAUGAAUCUGGUAGAAACAACGCUCCACUGGUGAAGUACAACAUGAAAAAACUUUUUUCUGAAUCAAUAAGGGCUCAUGGUCAUAAAAAUCAUAAGCGAACCUCCAUUAUCACAGAGACGUUUGUGGAUAGUCAAAGGAACUAUUUCGCCACUGUUGAUGAAAAUACCAUUAAAAAUGGUUUUGAAAUUACAAUGAGAGUCGAGCAUGGUUUGGAACAGGUACAGCCCCCAAAGCCUGAUUUAAAUGAUGAGAUGCAGGAGGAAGACCCGAAUGAUCAUAUCGAUGAUGACAAUCAAGGAAAUGAAGCCCCCAUGCAACCUGAAGCUAACGGAUUUCUCCCAUCUGAAAAUGGUUUUCAUAUUUUAGAAGUUCCCCCUCCCCUUCGGAUAAUGGAGGCGGAAAUCAGCCAGCAGAACUCGAGUUCCAUGGAGGAUGGUUCACAAAACCUUCCAAAUGAAGGUAGUACAUCUCAGCAAUGGGAAGAGGCAGCUAAAACAAGCCAGUCGAAUCACAUGGUGAAUCUUGCGAAACUGUCCCCAAUCCUAGCAGAAAAGGAACAUCUCUCUUCACAACCUCUCCAGGUGGCAACAAAACCCAAAGGGGACUUACAUGAGGUUCAUCAAUUGACCAAAGAAUAUGUGGAGUGGCUAAAACUACAGGAUGUAGAAGUUGAUCUGCUGGCACGAAAUGACAUGGUUUGGGAAUGGCAGCAACGAAAGGUCAACAAACUCAAGAAGGGGUCCUUUUGUUUCCAAAAACCCACUUACGCGGAAAAUAAAGCCGACAAUUUUUCUAUCAACUCGAGCAGCUCCCUGAUCCAGCUUAACCCAUAUCAGGCAUCUACUUCAGCCUUGUUUGAGCUACUCUCUGAUGCUGAAAGUGAUUCUGGCAGGCUGAGGUAG